GCCUYCAGCCAGGGCUGCCCCGCGGCUCUGCGCAGGCCCCGCCGGGCCGGGCCGCCAUGUGGGUGUUCGGCUACGGCUCCCUCAUCUGGAAGGUGGAUUUCCCCUACCAGGAGAAGCUGGUGGGGCGCGUCCGGGGCUACAGCCGGCGCUUCUGGCAGGGCAGCACCGACCACCGCGGGGUGCCGGGCAAGCCUGGAAGAGUUGUGACCCUGGUUGAAGAUGCUGAGGGGUGCGUGUGGGGCGUUGCCUACAGAUUACCAGCUGGGAAGGAAGGAGAAGUGAAGGCCUACCUGGAUUUCCGGGAGAAGGGAGGCUACAGGACCACCACAGUCAUCUUCUACCCGAAGGACACGUCGGUGCAGCCCUUCGAUGUGCUGCUGUACAUCGGCACCCGUGACAAUCCCAACUACCUGGGCCCCGCGCCGCUCGAGGACAUCGCGCGCCAGAUCCUGGGCGCCACCGGGCCUAGUGGCAGGAACACGGAAUACCUGUUUGAGCUCGCCAACUCCAUCAGAAACCUCGUGCCCGAAGACGUGGAUGAACACCUCUUCUCCUURGAGACACUGGUCAAGGAACUCUUGAACAAGCACCAAAAUCUCAACUAUCUAUAAAGUAACCUCAUGCUUUUAAUGAGCUGGUUCUGUCUUCGGAGAAGAGGUUUUGUUGGCCGUGUGUGUGACAGAAGGAAUGUUUYUCUGUACUGUGCUAUCUUAAUUAAUACUGCCUAUCUUAAUUAAUGCUGCAUUGARAAUAGGAGGUGGUCAUUUAAAACAAAAUCACCAAAAUAAUUUUUCAGGAGUCCAGAGAAAGGGGAGCAGGGAAAGUAUUUUAGAUUUAAAUUUGCUAUCUUAGCUUUUCAUCCAAAGACUACACCUCAAGACAACCACUUAAGCUUCUCUUUAUGUUAAAAGRUUUUUAUUAUUUCAGGUUUAGAAUUAUUUUUUAGGUCAAAAUCAGCAUGCAGAGACAAUGUCCCAUAGAUUUAAGUUUGUUCUGAUUUCAAAUCACAGCRCAACUAAAGAGAGGAAUUUUAAGUGGUUGUUCUGCAUUGUGUAGUAGAACAUCUAAAUCAACAUUCAGUUAUCUGAAAAGAAGUUAAUGACACUGAAUUAUUUAUCCUUUAUAUGUUAACUUACCUUUAAAUGCAGAGGAUAAACCAUUUUAUUGUSAAGGAAAUGAUUCCUUCCCUUGGCUGUUGAUGCCAAGCCCUGAAAACCAAAGCUCUGGGCACUCUUGACUCCAACGAGCCAUAACCUAUCAGUGCCUCAUUUUAAUUUUUAAGCCUCAUAUAAAGAAUAACCCCAAAAUAAUAAACUAAGAGCAUGACUAUAAGUCACAGUGCAGCAUGAACAGAAACUCUCAUCUCUGUUACUUUAGAUCCUGUUGUGGCCCCCAGCAAAAAUCCCAGCUCCAAGGAUAGACUUUAAGCCUAUUUCAGGGAUCCACCAAGAGAAGGUAAUUAAAGAAGGAACCCUCUUUCCAGUAACCUUAGGGGUGUGUGUGAAUAUCCCAGGAGGGUUGGGAAGUCCCCAGUUCAGGCCUGUAGGYUUCCUGAUGCAAUCCAUCAGCACAUGGAGUUUCUGUCCCAACAUAGAUUUGUCUCACUCCUCAAAACUUACUAACUUUUAACAAAAUAUAUUUUUAUAUUCAGUAUAAAAGGUCCUAUUUCAAACAUCACGUAAUGUCCUGUUUUCYCAUCCAGGGAAUGUGUAAGUGUUCAGUAGCAGCCUGGAAGCCUGGAUUCUGCAUCAGUAAUUGCAAAAAAAAAUAUGUUUCCCCUAAAAAGGUCAAUCCUUUCUCUUURCAUCUUCCUGGUUUAUAUUUGUAAAGGUGAAAAUGUGCAGCGGCACUCUCUGCUUUCUUGAAAAUUCUUUAGAUUUAAAAAUCUUUUCCUUAAAAACUUACCCUUGUUCUUUAAAACAGGGCAGGGGAUGCUUGUGCUCAGUAAUGAUCCAGAACCAUCAGGGCUGAUUCCYUCUUUAAAAUGCUAAUUAUUUAUGUACUGUGAUGCUGUGUAGCUCCACAUUCUCUAUCUUUGAUUGUCUCCAAGGCUUUGUUGGUUCAUUUGCUUUCCAAAUCCAUAAAACAUUGCAAUAACACAAGUUUCAGUGUGUGUGUGUGUGUUUACAACUUCAGUGCAAUAAAAAUGCAUCACUGAUUACUGGGGUUGGAAUUCUCCAGAAAUGUUGUUUAAAGUGUGUCCAUGUGACAUCAAGGUGUGUGUUCAUUGCACCUUGUUAU